CCCAGUCAGUCAGCCUCCUCUUAUCUUUCUCCCCAGCCCAGUCAGUCAGCUUCCUCUUCGUCUUUCUCCCCAGCCCAGUCAGUCAGCUUCCUCUUCGUCUUUCUCCCCAGCCCAGUCAGUCAGCUCCUCUUCGUCUUUCUCCCCAGCCCAUCAGUCAGCUUCGUCUUCCUCUCCCAGCCCAGUCAGUCAGCCUCCUCUUCGUCUUUCUCCCCAGCCCAGUCAGUAAGCUUCGUUUCUCCCCAGCACAGUCAGUCAGCCUCCUCUUCGUCUUCCUCCCCAGCACGGUCAGUCAGCUUCAUCUUCCUCCCCAGCCCAGUCAGUCAGCCUCCUCUUCGUCUUCCUCCCCAGCCCAGUCAGUCAGCCUCCUCUUCGUCUUCCUCCCCAGCCCAGUCAGUCAGCCUCCUCUUCGUCUUCCUCCCCAGCCCAGUCAGUCAGCUUCGUCUUCCUCCCCAGCCCAGUCAGUCAGCCUCCUCUUCGUCUUCCUCCCCAGCCCAGUCAGUCAGCCUCCUCUUCCUCUUCCUCCCCAGCACGGUCACGCCUGGCAGAGGCUGA